GCGUCGGCAACAGUGAGCUUGCUACAGCAAGAUCGCACAGCAUCUCCGAAUAGCCCCAGCCAAUUGGAUGCGGCUAUUUGUAUCGCUAUCCAAAGCCGGAGAUGGUUUACGAAGCCAAGGGCCCUGAGAGUUCUCAUCAAGUUACCGGUAGCUUGACUGAUCCAAGGCGCAAAGUUCGCAGCUGGGACCUCCGCAGCUAACAUGGGGUCUUCAUGCGGGGGCUCUCCACACAUCACUUGUUCCCAAAGCCGUAGGGAUGUGACAACGGUAUACCCGGAUUGCAAGCUCUAUAAGUACGCGAUCUCUCUUGCUCUGCAGAGACUCCACCUCCUCCGCAGAGGACGAUCUCCUCUCAUCUUAUCUGAGACAUUGUGACUAUCACACCAAAGAGACCUUAGUCGUAAUUCGUUAUGGACAAGAUUCAUCGCUUCAAUGUGGUGCAUCGCUUUGAGAAGCGAGCACUGCUUAUUGCCAUCAAUUGCAUCGCUGGCCUUUCCAUCCUUUUCUUUGGGUAUGAUCAGGGAAUGAUGGGUGGUGUCAACACGGCAUACGACUACUACACAAGAAUGGGAUUUGGUCACAAAGGCGCAGACGGUGGCGUGGUCGUCACCAACGACAUUCUCCAGGGCGGCAUAGUUUCCAUCUAUUAUUUGGGUACACUUGUUGGUGCUCUCGUUGGAGGCUGGUUCGGAGAUCGUUUUGGACGCAUUAAAACCAUCUUCUUGGGAGCAGCAAUUGGUGUUGUGGGUGCGUCGCUUCAGACUUCUGCGAUAGAUCAUCAAUGGAUGAUAUGCGCUCGUCUCGUCAACGGAUGGGGCACUGGGAUUCUCAAUUCGAUCAUUCCCGUGUGGGCAACCGAGACUGCAGAGCAUACGUCACGUGGGCAAUUUAUUGCUAUCGAAUUCACACUGAACAUCUUUGGUGUGGUUUUGGCCUAUUGGAUCGAAUACGGAUGCUCCUUCUACGGCGACGGAACUUCAUCCUUCAUCUGGCGCUUUCCUAUCGCUUUCCAGAUCCCCAUGCUGCUCACCCUCAUGGCUUUGGUCAUGUUCUUUCCAGAAAGUCCCCGAUGGCUGGUCAAAGUAGGGCGGGAAGACGAAGCACGUUAUGUCCUCAGCCGGCUCCGCGGAAAUGUGACGGGAGAAGAACAAGAGAAGACAGAGGCUGAGUUUCAGGACAUCGUGACGUCCGUUGAGAUUGAACGCUCCGGACGCAAGGGACCUCAAUCCUACUUCCACAUGUUGUUUGGCAUCGGCUCAGGAAAGCUUCACACCGGCCGACGCGUCCAAUUAGUCAUUUGGCUCCAGAUCAUGCAGGAGUGGGUUGGUAUCGCUGGCGUUACUAUCUACGCACCAACUAUCUUCGGUAUCGCAGGAAUGUCUCCCGAAAAGCGCCAGUGGAUCGCAGGUCUCAAUAACAUUUUCUACAUGUUUUCCACCUUGAUUUGCGUUUUCACACUCGACAAAAUCGGGCGACGUUGGACACUCUACUGGGGCUCAGUUGGACAGGGUAUUGCGAUGGCGCUCGCCGGCGGCUUCUCGUACCUAGGUCAACAGGGUACCUUGGAAGGCAAUGCUGGCAAGGCUUCAGCAUACGGAAACGCCGCCGUGUCCAUGGUCUAUAUCUUCACCUUUAUUUUCGGCGCAACCUGGCUGACGGUCCCGUGGCUCUACCCUGCAGAGAUCUUCCCACUUGAAGUGCGCGCGAAAGGCAACGCAUGGGGAGUUGUUGGCUGGUCCAUCGGUAACGGAUGGCUUACGCUCCUGUGCCCGGUCAUGUUCAAGGCACUCAGCGAGAAGACGCUGUAUAUCUUUGCGGCCUGUAAUGCAAUUACCAUCCCCAUGGUAUGGGCGCUAUAUCCCGAGACGAAUCAACGCACGCUUGAGGAAAUUGAUUUACUGUUUGCUGCGGACAGCAUCUGGAACUGGGAGGCGGAGAAGAACUUCACGAGGUUGCAAGAACAGAUGGGUGUGGGUAUGUCUGGCUCGCGUGCCGAUGAAGAGGCUCCGCACAGCCGCAAAGGCAGCGUCGUCCGAGGCAUGAGCCUGCACUACGAGGAGGCAAAGCCGUAAGACAAAUCUUUAGGCAACGAAUCGACUCGAAAGACGCAUGCAGGCCCCAAAUCGCUGGAUGUAUUGGUUAUGUCUGUAGGUUCCGGCGUCAAUUUUUGGCAAAGCGCCC